AGGUGUGCCAGCCCUCACAUCAUCUUUGUAGCCUCCUCUGGACCCGUUCCAACAGCUCCAUAUGCUUCUUACGUUGUGGAUUCCAGAACUGGACACAGGACUUCAGGGAAGGAAGGAUGGCAGCUCGGCGUGCGCUGAAAGCUGUCUUGGUGGAUCUCAGCGGCACACUUCAUGUUGAAGACUCGGCUGUGCCAGGCGCGCAAGAAGCUCUUAAAAGGCUGCGCAACGCUCCGGUUACCAUUCGAUUUGUGACGAACACGACGAAGGAGUGCAAGAGAGACCUGCUGGAGAGGCUGACGAAGCUAGGAUUUGAGAUUGCGGAAAGUGAGAUCUUCACAUCUCUGACAGCAGCCAGAAAUCUUGUGGAGCAGAAGCAGGUGCGGCCUCUCCUCCUACUGGACAACAGGGCCCUGCCUGAUUUCACAGGGAUAGCCACUGACAACCCCAAUGCCGUGGUGGUGGGACUGGCUCCUGAGAGCUUUCACUACGAGAUGAUGAACAGGGCAUUUCGAUUGAUUUUGGAUGGUGCUCCUCUUAUAGCUAUACAUAAAGCCAGAUAUUUCAAGAAAAAAGAUGGCUUGGCUCUGGGACCUGGACCCUUUGUGGCUGGACUGGAAUACGCGACAGACACCAAAGCAACCGUGGUGGGGAAGCCAGAGAAAACCUUCUUCCUCGAAGCUCUGCGGGGGACUGGCUGUGCCCCAGAGGAGGCCGUCAUGAUCGGGGAUGACUGCAGGGAUGAUGUUGGUGGUGCCCAGAACGCGGGCAUGCGUGGGAUUUUGGUACGGACUGGUAAAUAUCGACCAGCAGAUGAAGACAAAAUCAAUCCAGCUCCUUACUUGACCUGUGAGAGUUUUCCGGAGGCAGUAGAACACAUCCUAGCGCAUCUGCUCUGAGAAAGGGAACACUUAGUUUGAAGAAACGUCUGUGUCGCAUCAUCUCCUUCACUCUUGCUUCAGAAAUUCCGGUCACAGGAUCACUGCAUGCACUGAGUCAGAAACCAGCCAUGAGCUCCUUCCACUCGAGUUCUGAAAGGGCCGAGGAGCAGAGCGGGCUCCAGCACAGGCUCGGAAAAGCCCGUCUCCCACAGCAGUUUCACAAGGAUGUGAUGAGGGAUCACAGACACCCAGCGGGUGAGACAGAAAGGCUGCAGCCAGCAGAGCAGUUUUCCCGAAUGAGAAGGGGAGCAUGGCAGAGAGUUCCAUUUAUUUUCAGUUCUCAGAAAGCAAGCCUGCCUGGAAUGCGUCACCUUCUGCUACCGGAUAAGCUAAACUGGAAAACACACUGGAAAUACUCAAGUAGGUGGAACGUCUGUGAAGCUGCAGUCAACCGGCUGUGUUUCUGCUCUGCUCUAAUUUAUGGGUAGAGAUUGUGCGUGUUUAGAAGUGGCUUUUAAAUUAAAGUAUCACCACUGUUUAAUAAUGACUACUGUUGGUAUCUUCCGUUAGAACAGAUCCUGGGUUUUGUUUUUCAAAAUUUACAUAAAAUUAAAACUGUCAGCUUUUUUACAGAUGUUUUAAUUAGAUGCUGUUAUUAAAAAGAAUGGUACCGAAACAAAAAACCUGGUAUUAAAUGCCUUAGAGUCUGCGAAUCUUUGAAAUUAGACAUCAGCAGGGUCCUAUUAAUGCUACGGCUGCAAAAUUUCACUACUGUUGUGGGUUGGUUUUUUGUUUGUUUCUUUUUAACGUUAUGGGAAAAAUCCUUCACGAGCCACAGGGACAAAUUCCAGUUUUACACAGGUGGUUGGCAGAGCUGUAAAAUGAAAUUUAGUUGUGGCGCAGGCAGUGCUUUUUUCCUACGUGCUAAAUCCCCCAAUAUGAACCCACUUUGUAAUGAUGUUAAAUAGCUUUUCUGGUCCAUUUGCGAACUGUAAUAAUCCAAGUCCUUUACAGUU